AUGGGAACAUUUACAAGCUUUAGAAAAGCCUAUGGUGCUCUCAAGGAUUCCACCAAGGUUGGCCUUGCCAAAGUCAAUAGUGAAUACAAGGAGUUGGAUAUUGCCAUUGUGAAAGCUACCAAUCAUGUUGAAUAUCCUCCAAAGGAACGUCAUGUUAGAAAAGUAUUCUAUGCGACAUCAGCACACCAACCACGCGCGGACGUGGCAUACUGCAUUCAUAAACUUUCCAAAAGACUUGCAAAGACGCGAAGUUGGAUAGUUGCUUUAAAGACAUUGAUAGUGAUUCAUAGAACUUUGAGAGAGGGUGAUCCUACAUUCAGAGAAGAGCUUUUGAACUACUCGCGAAAAGGACAUAUUCUCCAAAUAUCCAAUUUUAAAGAUGACUCAAGCCCUCUAGCUUGGGAUUGUUCUGCAUGGGUUCGAACCUACGCACUAUUUUUAGAAGAAAGGCUUGAAUGUUUUAGAGUCCUCAAAUAUGACAUUGAGUCGGAGCGUUUAGUAAAAUCGUCGGCAACUGAACCUAAACCCCAUAGCAGAACUCGAUCCUUGGCUAAUGAUGAUCUAUUGGAGCAGCUACCGGCAUUGCAACAACUCUUAUUUCGUCUUAUUGGUUGUCAGCCUGAAGGAUGUGCUUAUAACAAUUACCUAGUACAAUAUGCAUUGGCAUUGGUAUUGAAAGAGAGCUUCAAAAUAUACUGUGCACUCAAUGAUGGAAUCAUCAAUCUUGUGGACAUGUUCUUUGAAACUUCAAGACAUGAAGCAGUGAAGGCCUUAAAUAUAUAUAAAAGAGCUGGCCAACAGGCUGAAAAUCUUGCCGAAUUUUAUGAUUACUGCAAAGGCUUGGACCUUGCUAGGAAUUUCCAGUUUCCAACGCUUAGACAGCCGCCUCCGUCUUUUCUUGCUACGAUGGAAGAAUAUAUUAAAGAAGCUCCCCAAUCAGGCUCAGUUAACAAUAGAUUGGAGUAUGAGCAAAAUGAAGAAUCGGCUGAAGAAGAAUCAGAACCAAAAGAACCAGAAGAGCCUCAAGAAGAGGAGAAACAAGACGAGGAAGUCACCGAGGAAGAGCAAGUACCUGAGGAAGAAACCCAACCAGAGGAAGAGGAAAAGGAAGUUGAGCUUCCUCCACUGAUAUCAACUGAUGGUACCGAUGAUUUACUGGGUUUGAAUGAAAUAAAUCCCAAAGCUGUAGAGUUGGAAGAAAGCAAUGCAUUGGCUCUAGCAAUCGUACCGCCGGGUGGAAAUAAUAAUUCAAACAAUCUUGCUUUAAGUAACAUUGGUGGGACUACUGGUUGGGAACUUGCUUUGGUUACAACACCAAGUAACCACACGAGUCAAGCGCCAGAUCGCGCAAUGGCUGGUGGUUUUGACAAACUAUUACUAGAUAGCUUAUACGAAGACGAACAUGCAAGGAGACAACUUCAACUUCAAAAUGCAGGUUAUGGACAUGAAGAAAUGACAGUACAAAAUCCAUUUGAUCAUUACAAUCAACAUGAUCCAUUUGCAAUGUCACAAAACAUAGCACCUCCAACCAAUGUUCAAAUGGCAUUAUUGGCUCAACAACAACAAAUGACAUUCCAACAACAGCAGCAACAACAAAUGAUGUUUCCACAACAACAUCAACAACAUCAUAACAUGGCAAUGGUACCUCACCAACAACAACCUCAUGCUCAAUAUCCUCAACAGAUGAUGGGUGCUCAUAAUCCAUUUGGUGAUCCUUUACCUGUUGCUAGUUACCCUCAUAAUUCUAUGCCGCAGCAAGGAAAUUACAAUUUAAUGUAGAGUUUUCCUUUUACUUGUUUUUGGAUUUUUUUU